AUGGAGCGAUCGCCGCGCCAUCCCGCCUUCCGCGCCGAUCAGGUCCCUGUCAUGAGGGACGGUCGAGUAGCUUAUGCGCGUACGAAUGACAUAGGACACGCCGAAUGCGUGGAUCAAGAUGCGUGGCUCCAAGAGAGCGGACGCAGACCUGGCGCGGAGGGCGGAAACCACCGCGGCGGAAGGGUGUUCCGCUCCCCGGAGGAGCGCGGACGACGUCGCAACGAGAGAGGGCGGUGGUUGGCGUUCGGCGAGCAGUCUCGCGGACAAGGAGGGAGCGGCGGCAGCGUCGCUCGCGGAGAGAACUCGCCGCACAAUGCGGUUCGAGAAGAGACGCCGGAGCAGGGCGUGGAGGACAAGGAAGAAGGAUCGGAACGGUCAGACGAGGAGGCAGGGAUAGAAGGGGCGAAUGAGGCGCAAACAGGAGGAACGGGCGAUGCGGAAACCGAGCCGGCAGAGGCGCAAGCGGAGACGAGCCCGGUGGCGGUCGCGGAAUUAGAGGCUCCGCCACCGGGAUCGCGCGGUCGAGACGAUCCCUACGAGGAAGGGCGGCGCACGGAGAGCUCCGGACGGCAGGAGCUGGGCGGGCCAGAGAUGAGCCAUCGAGCGUGGCAGGCGCCAAAUUCACGCGGCAAGGGAAAGGAGGAGCGGUCCCGCUCGGCGGAGAGGGAGCGGCGCCUCGGGGGAGGGCGUGUGGGCGAGUUCCGGCCGCGCGGCGAGCGCCAGGAGCAGGGAGAGUGGAGCGGCGGCGCUUCGCUUUCGGCAGGACGGCAGCAGCCGCACGGGGAGAGGGGGCGAGAGACGGAAACAGCGCCGCCGAAGUGGCACAGUCAGCAGCAAGGGGGACGCAGCAGCACCAUACGCUCGCCAGGCCGGACUAGGCAGAGGGAGCGGAGAGACAGCAGCUGGUCCCGCUCGCCGGACGGACAACACACGCGCAGGGAGAAGUACGCGGGGGAGCGUGGGGACGGACAGAGGGGCGAGGACAAUCAAGGGAGAGGCGGUACGAGGCAGGCGGGAGCCGCCAAAAGAGAAGAACGGAAGGCGGAACUCUGGCGCAAGGGGCAGAGCGGGCGCGGGAAGCUAGAGAGGGCAUGCAGAGAGCACGGGUGA